AUGAGGUUCUUCAGCCGUGUUGGUGCCGGUGCGGCCCUCCUGGCCGCCGUCUCCUUCCUCGAGGGAGUCGCAGGCCAGACCGACUGGACGAGUCCGGAUACCGGCAUCGUCUACCAGUCGUACACGGGCUCUACUGGCAUGACGUACGGUAUUGCUCUGCCUACCAACUCACUGACUGUGGACGCCACCGAGUACCUCGGCUACAUUAACUGCCCGACGCCCGCUGGCGAGGAUCAGGGAUGGUGCGGUCUCUCACUCAUGCCCAGCAUGACCAACAGUCUGCUGUUCAUGGCACACCCGUACGAGGGCGAGGUCCUGACUUCGUUCCACUUUGCCACUUCGCGCGAGUCGGUUGAGAACUACAAGGGACAAGCCACAAUUACGCAAAUCACAUCUCGCGUCACCGCGACUGGCUUCAGCCUCGAAUACCGCUGCCAGAACUGCUUCAACUGGGAGCAGGACGGUUUCGUCGGCGGUCAUGCCACGACCCAGGGCUUCAUCGUCACCUCGUGGGCCCUCUCCAACAAGGCACCCGGCAACGCCGUCUGCCCUUCGGCCCUCGUCAUUGAGCAGCACGCGAGCCAGGGCAUCAACGGCGGCGCCAUCACGCCCGGGUUCACCAACGCCAACUAUGCUACCUGGGCGCAGCUCGCCAACAAGGUUGUCACCGGAAACUGUGGCGGCGGCACACCCACCUCUACCGGCGGCGCUGGCCCGACUACAACGUCGGUGCCCGAGACGCCCGUCACGGGUGUUCCAGUUCCCAACACGGCCUACGACUACAUCAUUGUAGGCUCUGGCGCUGGUGGUAUCCCUCUUGCCGACAAGCUCAGCGAGGCCGGCCACAAGGUACUGCUGAUUGAGAAGGGUCCUCCCUCUUCGGGACGCUGGGGUGGCAAGCGUGGCCCGACCUGGCUCGCGAACACGAAUCUGACCCGAUUCGAUGUGCCGGGUCUCUGCAACGAGAUCUGGCACGACUCGGCUGGCAUUGCUUGCCGUGAUACUGACCAGAUGGCCGGCUGUGUCCUCGGUGGUGGCACUGCCAUCAACGCUGCCUUGUGGUGGAAGCCCUAUGCUGCUGACUGGGACUACAACUUCCCCGCCGGAUGGAAGGCUAGCGAUGUCGCCGCCGCCCAGCAGCGCGUCUUUAACCGCAUCCCCGGAACCACAAGGCAUCUCGGGACGGCGUCAUCUCCCUCCAACCGCACCUUUGGAUACACGCCCUACAUGUAUUCGAACGGCGAGCGCGGCGGUCCCAUGGCCACGUACCUCGUCACCGCCAAUGCGCGCUCAAAUUUCAAGCUCAUCAUGAACACCCAGGUGAGGCGCGUCAUCCGCUCGGGCGGUCACGUUACGGGCGUCGAGGUCGAGCCAUACCUGGAUGGCGGCUUCCAAGGUGUCAUUCCCCUGACUGCCGUGACCGGUCGUGUCAUUCUAUCCGCGGGCACAUUUGGCAGCGCCAAGAUUCUGCUGCGCAGCGGAAUUGGCCCAACUGACCAGCUCGAUGUUGUCUCCAACUCGACGCGUGAUGGAUCGACGAUGAUCUCUCGCAACCAGUGGAUCAACCUGCCUGUCGGCUACAACCUCGAGGACCACACCAACACCAACGUUGUGCUCGAGCACCCCUCCGUCCAGUUCUAUGAUUUCUACACCGCCUAUGACGGCACGGCCCCGUACCAGGCCGAUAUCCAGAAGUACCUGACCCAGCGCAGUGGCAUUCUCGCCCAGUCCGCCCCCAACAUCGGACCUCUCUUCUUUGAGGAGAUUCGUGGCGCCGACAACGUCGUUCGUCAGCUCCAGUGGACCGCCCGCAUGGAAGCCAGUGAGGGCGAGGUAGAUGGCACAACCCCGCGCGCGAACCCCUGGAUCGGCACCAACAAGUUCGGCAACCAGGACGGCCGUAUCAACAACGGCGACUCGGUCGUCGACACGAACACCGUGUCUACGGCACCGACAACCUCUUUCGUCGUCGACGCCUCCAUCUUCCCCGGCAUGGUGACCGCCAACCCGUCCGCCUACUUUGUGGUCGCCGCCGAGCACGCCGCCUCCAAGAUACUCGCACUCCCGCUGGCAAGGGCCAGCCCAUCUACCAGCAGUGCGGCGGCCUCGAGUGGAGGGGCAGCUUCCAGUGCGCUGCCGGCCUCAAUGCCUCAGCAGCUGAAGCGGGUGAUAUUGGUUUACGGAGAAGAUAGGGGAAGAGAGGGUGUAGGCCCGGGGCCGAAUUCGAUUCACUGUCCAUAUUGA